AUUAGUUUCUCUCAUCUAGCCUUUCUCCUGCUCUUCUUGGCCUCUUCCUUUCUCUACGAAGUCCACGGAAACAACACAACAAAAUCCCAAGCCUACAUCGUCCAUGUACAGAAGCCCAAACACACCAAAUUCCUCACCUUCAGAGACCGAAGAAAUUGGUACAUGUCUUUCUUACCAAACGCAACCUUAGACUCCAGUGAGCCUCGGAUGAUCUACACAUAUAGACACGCGAUCAGUGGCUUCGCAGCAAUCUUUACCCCCCAAGAAUUGCAAUCGCUGAAAUCUAAACAAGGAGUAGUGAGUGCACAUCCUGAAUACGAGUGCAAACUCCGAACCACCUACAGCCCGAAGUUCUUGGGCCUGAGCCGGUGGGAUGGAUUGUGGCCCGACUCAGGUUACGGUGCAGGUCAAAUAAUCGGUAUGAUCGACACUGGAAUUAAGUACAGCCACCCUUCGUUUGACGACAAGCAGAUGUCACCGCCUCCGCAACCGCCGUCCUGGAAAGGAAAAUGCUACUGGAGCCGAGGCGGAUGCAACAAGAAGCUGAUCGCAGCUACUGGUUUCCGUAAUGGACGGUUAGUUUCUCCGUUGGACACCAACGGGCACGGGACCCACACGGCGAGCACGGCAGCUGGUACCACCGUCGAUGAUGCCAAUGUCCUUGGUUGCGUUAAUGGCACGGCUUCAGGCCUGGCGCCCGGAGCUCAUCUUUCAGUCUACAAAGUCUUGCCCGGGACUUCUAAAGAUAUUCUCAAAGGUAUAGACCAAGCUAUCCAUGAUCAGGUACAUGUGCUCUCAAUGUCUUUAGGCUUUGACAAACCUCAUAAACUUGAUGAGGACACGAUAGCGAUCGGAUCAUUCGCGGCCGUUACAAAGGGGAUCGUUCCUGUUCAGGCAGGGGGAAACGCGGGGCCUCAACCGAGCCAGGUCGACGGAGCUCCGUGGAUUCUAAUGGUCGGAUCGAGCGUCAUGGACAGAAGGGUAAGAUCGAUAGUAGAGCUCGGAGAUGGCCGAGAAUUCUAUGGGGAAUCUGCUUAUCAGCCAGAUAACUUCGCUCCCACUCAGUUUCCUUUGAUUUAUGCGAAGAAAUGCCAGGUUAAUUCUCCAAAAUUGAUCAACGUCACAGGUAAGAUUGUGCUGUGUGGAGCCAAGCCGGAUUAUAAGUGGAAUGUGGAAGCCAGCGAUAACGUUAAAAAGGCCGGUGGCGUCGCCAUUAUAAUCCUGAGCCAGCCGUGGAUGGGGAAUCAAACGGACGCCGAUGCUUUUCUCCAUCCAGCUUCUCGUGUUACCUACGAGGAUGCAAAGAAAAUUAUGAAGUAUCUCAACCAGACAUCAAAUCCGACUGCAGCGAUAAAGUUCAACGGAACACAAUUUGGACACCGCCCUGCACCUGUGGUGUCCUCCUUUUCGAAUCGAGGGCCUAACCUCCUCAACGGUAACAUCAUAAAGCCAGACUUUAUUGCACCCGGUUCGAACAUUCUCGCAGCUUGGCCAACUGAAGUGGGACCGAAUCAUACAGGCACGGAUAAGACGUUCAUCAUGGCAAGUGGAACUUCGAUGGCCGCACCUCAUGUUUCAGGGAUCGUAGCUCUUCUCAAGCACAAUCAUCGACAUUGGUCACCCGCGGCAAUUAAAUCAGCCAUCAUGACAACAGCCUACACAAAAGACCGAGAUGGUAAUCCGAUAAAAGAUCAAUACGAUGGUCAAAAUGCUGGAGUUUUCACUAUGGGAUCGGGUCAUGUGGAUCCGGUCGCAGCUAACGAUCCGGGUCUGAUCUAUGACAACGACCUGCAUGAUUACAUCCGGUAUCUUUGUGGCAUGAAACUUGGAAAUGUGUCUGCAGUUGUUCGUGGUCCAUUAAAUUGUUCUCAAGUUCAAGCUAUUGAACCUGAGCAAUUGAACUAUCCUUCCAUUUCGGUGUAUCUCGGGGCUAAAUCGGUAUCGAAGACUGUGAAUCGAACCGUGACGAAUGUUGGUGAUGCUAAUUCGGUUUACAUGGUGAAGGUUGAUAAUCCAGAGGGAGUGGAUGUGGAUGUUGACCCUAUUACCCUUACAUUCAAUAAUGAAGGUGAAAAACAAGAUUUUACUGUGACAUUGAGUAUUCAGGGAGUUCCACCAAAAGCAGGCAAAGUUUCAGAAGGGCAACUACUAUGGGAUUCUGGCAAGUAUUCUGUGAGGAGUCCUAUUGCAGUUACAUUCACCUGAGAUCCCAAGGAGCCGUAAAGUUGUUGAAAAUAAAAAUUUGGUGUGCA